AUGAGUACGGGGGCUCUGGAUCCUAACGCUAUUCCUCCACCGCAAGAUUCGGCGUCAGCCACCCCUUCGUCUCCUCAGGACGCACAUUCCUCGCCGGCAUCCAGUUCUUCCCAGCCAUCGAUAACACCCACUCCGACGCGAUGCAGGCACUCAGAAGUAGUUGUCGAACUAACAACGACGCUGGUCAUCCAAGACUACGAAAUGUGGUAUCGGCCAACGCCAAUACGCUCGUUUCAACCUACAUACAGACCUUUAAUGGACGGCUCCCUCGUUACACCUCCAUUCAGCGAAGAUCUCUUCAAUGCAAGCUUCAGCCUAUUCGUACUAGGUGCUCUUUCGGCGGUCUUCAUUCGAAACAUCAUCACCUCCGCCGACUACAUUAGACGAGGAAAGGUGAAGAAGAAAAUAUUAUUCUAUCUCCUCCUCACCAGCCAGCUAGUGGCUCCAGUCAGUUUGACACCGCUGGUCCUGUCAUAUUUCUGGGAAAGCAUCGACUGCACCAGGCAAGCUGCUCUUGUCGUUAGGUUAUCAUGCUUAGGGGCAAUGGUAUCCCUGGGGAUCCUGAUAUCGGGAAUUUUGGGUAUCAAAGCCUACAAAUGUCUGGAGAAUUCUCGAAUCGUUCCACUCGUGUUGUUCGUGCUCCAAGGAGCUGCAUCAGCUGUAGUCAUUGCCGACGUGAUUCAAACCCGUGGAAUUCGCCGCUUAGUUGGCGGAUGCGUGCAGAGAAUCAAUCUCCUUUAUGCGCGGAUAUUCGUCGGUUUACAGGUGCUUCAGGGCCUCUUCGUUUGUCUUUGCUUCGUGUACGCCUCUUACAGGUCACAUAGCAACCCUGCAGCAAGAGGCCGCAUCUCGCUAAGACUUUCCAUGGAAGACACGGAGCUCGAGUUGCCAGCGUGUUGCGAGGAAGAAAUUCGUCAGCAACCUCAAGGACGAGGCUGGUGGGAUUACGUUCCACGGACAAAUGAUUCCAAUAGACGAGAGAAGCCUCCUCGAGAAGGGUCCUUUUUGUGGCUGAAACAUCUUUUCGUCAGACGCACGAAAUGCCCACUGCAGGUCCCUUCGCAUUUAAUGACAGCGGAACCCAAGGAGCUCCAUGAUGACCCCCAUACCCGCUUGACCGGAGGCCUUCCCAAUCACCCUCGCACUCACCAUUCCUCGUCCCCCUCGCUAUCAAUCAACAGUGGUUUGAGCCGCCUAUUCCCUCGGAUGGAACUAUUUCGACAGGUCUUGAGCGAUGAGCUUCUCUACACGACAUUUAUAACGUCGACAUGCACAGUCGUCGCCAUUCUCGUAGCCAUCAGUGUCAAUUUCAAGACUUGCCUGAGUGUCACUGGUUGGAUUGCAGUAAACUGGGCCUUUAUCUCACUUCUUAUCGUCCAUAGUCUUGGACGGGUAAUUCAUCGACACGAGAGGGAGAGUUGGAUACAACACUCCGCUGCAUCUCGAACAGCCCUUACACGCGGGCCCACUAGGAACCCUACUUGGGAGAGUAGAAGCACUGUGGCUACGCGACGGUCACGGUCCGUCCUCUCGAAGAAGAGGGAACGGUCCUUCCCUGGUCGUGCUGCUAGCAACAGGGACCCCAGCGAUCCAUUUGACGAGGCACGACCACUCGAGGAGGAACGAUUUUCAUGGAAUUUUGGGACCAUCGAGCCUUCACCACCGUUACCAGCUCAUACAACCCCUGCCGCGGUGUCCGCAAGGAAUGCGACGAAGCAGGGUGACCAAAAUAACAUCCAGGAUUUCCAGUCGGAGCCCGUUCGACAGCGGAAGAUAUCGUGGCAAUCUCAUGCCACUGCAUCGAAAGGUGGGUUUUGA